AUGUUCCUCCGUCGGACGCUUCCGUUUCUCAUCGUCGCCAGCCUCUGCAGCUUCUUCCUCUUCGCGGUCUUGUCCAACGGCGGGCUGUCAUGGAGCACACUACCCCAGGCGAUUGGCUUUGGAGAGAAAUAUGGACCGACGGAGGAACAGAUUGCCAGCGGAGAGAACAUCCUACCCGACCUGCGAGUCUCGAGCCCCCGGCCGAACUUUUCGGGCUUCCAUGAGCCGAAGAUCGAGAACCAGAGUCCGUAUGGGGUGGGGGAGACGAAGCCGCCGGGCAGCAAUUACACCAAGUGCCUGGUCAUUCCGCGGACGAAGACGGAGGACACAAGCUGGAUUGAGAAGGAGCUCGGAGAUAUGAUGGAGUCGGGGCUCUUGCAGACGGCGGUCUACACGGUCAACGACAAGACGGCGAAGCUGCACCCGCCCAAGAACAAGGGCCACGAAGUCAUGGUGUACUUGUCGUACAUCAUCGACAACUACGAGGACCUCGCGGACGUGAGUCUGUUCAUGCAUGCCCACCAGUUCACGUGGCACAACAACGAAUUGCUGGAGAGGGACGCUGCGCAGAUGGUGCGGCACUUGAGCCCGGAGAGAGUGACGCGGGAAGGGUACAUGAACUUGCGGUGCCACUGGGAUCCGGGGUGUCCGGAAUGGCUUCAUCCGGGCGCGACGGUCCGGAAUGUGGACAAGCAGGAGGAAGUCCUGCUGGCGGAGUCGUGGUCCCAACUCUUCCCUCUGGAUGCCAUCCCGACCGUGCUGGCCCAGCCGUGUUGCGCCCAAUUCGCCGUCUCCCGCGAUCGCAUCCUCAAGACCAACAAGAUGCGCUACAUCUACAUGCGCGAUUGGCUCAUCAAGACCGAACUGUCGGAUUACCUCUCCGGCCGCAUCUUUGAGUACAUCUGGCAGUUCAUCUUCAACAAGGCCCCCAUUCACUGCCCGAGUAUGUCGGCCUGCUAUUGCGACGGAUAUGGGCUUUGUUUCGGCACUCAAGAAAAGUUUGAGAGGUGGUUUGAGCUUCGAUUCCAGCAGGACGAAUUCAAGGAGAAGUUGCGCGUGUGGCAGGAGAAGGCCGAUCUGAUCGACGAAUGGCGGAAAGACGCCAAAGAAGGAAAGAUGGUGGAAGAGGCCAUGCUAGAAGUCCCGGAAGUGGGCAGGGAUAAAGAAUAUCGACAGAAUAUCAAAGAAUUGCAAGAAGAGCUGGACAAGAGCAAGCAGGAUGCUCUCGAGCUGGGCAAGGAUCCAAAACAGCGCGCGAGAGAGUCGGAUCGGCAAUGGAAAGCGGGUGAUGGAUUCUGA